CGCGGCGUCUGCGGGGGAAAAUGGCGGCCGCGCCGCGCGCCUCGCCGGGCUUCCUGCUGCUGCUCCCGCUCCUGCGGCUGCCACAGGUGGCCCUGGGCUCCGGGGACGAGGGCCGCUGCGACCCCUCCAGCCAGUGCCCGCCGCAGGCCCGGGGGAGCAGCCUGUGGCACGUGGGGCUCCUGCUGCUCGCGCUCCUGCUGCUGCUGCUGUGCGGCGUCACGGCCAGCUGUGUGCGGUUCUGCUGCCUCCGGAAGCACACGCAACCACAGACACAUCUGCCGCCAGCAUGGCAGCCGUGUGAGCAGACGGUCCUCCCCGCGGACAGCGACAGCCCGGCGCACAGCACCGUGACCUCUUACAGCUCUGUGCAGUACCCGCUGGGCAUGCUGUUGCCCCUGUCUUUUGGGGAAUUGGAUCCUGACACCGUAGCCCCUCCCGCCUACAGCCUGUGUGCCCCUGAACUGCCACCGCCUUAUGAUGAGGCCAUCAAGAUGACAAGAGCCAAAGAGGAAGAACUAGCUUCUGCCCAGAAACCUGGGCCUCUCCCUGAGGCCUUGAGUCUAGAAACCACACCACGGCCCCAAGAACCAGAGCCCAGUAUCCAACAGCCCUAGUUGUAGCUGUGGGCCCCUGGAAGGGGCUGGGAGAGCUCUUCGUAAGCCAUCAGACCACAGAUGCCUGGGCCAAGGACCCUUGCCAGUCCCACAGUCCUUUCCUGGGGAAGGCCAGCCAUCCAGCACAUUGCUGCAGACUUGGCCCCGUUGCUCUGCAGUUCUCUGCAAUCCAACUGUCCUGUGUGGGUCAUCCACCUGGAGGGCUGAUACUCCCAGCCCUAGACCAGCUUAGGAGGCUCUCAGCCUGCAGUAGCCCACUCCCUCCCCCCUGCCCCCCAGGUCUGAGCCUUGGGAAUUCUGGGCCUGAGAUGUCCUCCGUGUUGUAGAGAGAGAAUAA